GUGAAUGGCCGCCCGUUGGAGCAUAUUCAACCGGAAAUUUUGCGGAUCAAACUUCAGAUUUAUGCAAUUCGUCAGGCCCUAGCAAAAGCUAUCGUUGCGUAUUACCAGAAGUUUGUCGAUGAGCAGACCAAAAAAGAGCUGAAGGAUCAGCUUGUGUCGUAUGACCGAAAUUUAUUGGUCGCCGAUCCUCGACGCCGCGAACCAAAGAAGUUCGGUGGUCCAGGCGCACGGGCUCGUUACCAAAAAUCAUAUCGAUAA